CGGAUGAGUGGAACAAUAUAUAUAUAUAUUUUUGAACCUCAGUUCCCUCUCACUCUCCUUUUUAUGGUUGUAAAGCAGGAGGUUUUCUUCAAUCAAUCCCAAUUAAACCUCCACCCAACUUUAAUCUUUAUUAUUUUUUGUGUCUCUCUCUCUUUCUCUUUCUACUCUCUUUUUUUCUUUUUUUAAAUUACUAUGUGCGACUUGUCUGACCCUCGUAUUGUUGAAGCCUAUACUUCCAUCACACAAGAUGACACUACCAAUUGGUUGAUUCUCGGGUACAAUGAUACCAGAGACGUUAUCUCUCUCUAUUCCAAAGGCACAGAAGGUUUAAGUGAGUUUCGAAAUAAUUUACGUGAUGAAGUUUUGUAUGGUUUUAUUCGAGUCGAGGAUCGAUUUAUUUUAAUCACUUGGGUCUCUGAACAAGUGAGUGGUGUCCGCCGAGCAAGAGCAUUGGUGCAUAGUCGAUCAGUAGCAGCGCUUUUAAAAUUACAUCAUGCUCAACUCACGGCUUCUACACUCAAUGAUUUAACAGAUACCAAUAUUCGUACUAGACUCAAGUUGGGUGAUACCACGGCAAGUCAAAUUCCUCGAAGAUCGUCUUCUGUCUCUCAAAAAAGAGCGUCUCGUAGACAAUCCGCAUCUCAAUUACCCACUUCACCUACUACUACAACAAACGCAGAUGCUCCUGCCAUGCCAUCAGCUUCUCAGGACGAGUUUGUUGAGGCUAGUGAGGAUUUACCUACAAUGGAUGAUGGAGAGGAAAAGAGAUUAGCUGCAGUAGCAGCUCAGGAAGAGGAUAACAGAAAGAGAGCUGCAGAGGAACAAAGAUUGGCUGCUCAAGCUCAAGCUCAAGCUCAGGCUCAGGCUCAGGCACAAGCUCAAGCUCAGGCUCAGGCUCAGGCACAAGCUCAAGCUCAAGCACAAGCACAAGCUCAACAACAAGCUCAAAGACAAGCUCAAGCACAAGCUCAGCAACAGGCUCAACUCCAAGCUGCUCAACAACAGGAAGCAAAGAGAAUUGCGGCCGAAAAAGAAGCUGCAGCUAGACGAUUUGAGCAAGAGCAAUCUCAACGUGAGCAAGCCGAGGCACAACGUCAACAAGAAGAAAAGAAGGCUUUACAACAACGUUUGAUGGAAGCGGAGAAAAACAAGGAUGUGAUUCUUUCUGGGUUUGUCUCUGUGCAACCCCAAACCAGUCCAUUUUGGAGACGUAGAUACUUUACCAUCAAGGGAAAAAGCAUGUGUUUUUACCGUGAUGAAUUACAAGUGAAACCCAUUUCAAUGCUUGAUUUGAGCCGUGUGACACGAUUAAAUAGUGCCAAUGUAGAUAUCGAGACUUUUGUGCCUAAUGCUUUUGUAUUGGAAACACAAGGGGAUGGAUCCUAUCAAUUAUUUGCCGAUGAUAAAAAGGACUUACAGACCAUUUUAACCGCUCUUCAAACCGUCAUCUAAUUAUUUAUUCAUGUAUUUUGUAAUCAAUGUAAAAGGGAGUGCCUUUCUCACCUCCCUCACCUCCAUAAUCGUUCACUCGAGAAAAAUAAAAAUAAAACUAUGCCCACAGAAAAAAAAAAAAAAAAAAAAAAAAGAAUAUACAGAUACUAAUAAAAAUUCAUGAUG